AUGAAGCUCCUAGCUCUCGGCGCCCUUUUUGUCAGCGCUGUCAGUGCCCUGGCCUCCUCCCAUUUGAUUCCAGGGGCACAGAUCAUCCCUGCCAAUGACAAAUUGCAAUUGAAAAGUAUUGGCGCCUAUCAAAAGAAGUACCCUGACCGUCGCACCGUUACCAUCCGUUCAUCCAAGAGUGACGAGGAUGACGUAUCGAGCGAUUUCUUAUGGGGGAUUAAGCAGGCCAAUCACGGAGGCAGAUUGUUGCUGGAGAAGGAUAAGACAUACGUGAUUGGAAAGAAGCUAGACCUGAGCUUUUUGAACGACAUUGAGGUUCAACUGGAAGGAGAGAUCAAGUUUACCAACAACAUUACCUACUGGCAAGCGAACAACUUCUACUACUCUUUCCAAAAGUCGAUUACCUUUUGGAUCUGGGGUGGACAAGAUAUCAAGAUCUUUGGAAAGGGAACUCUCAAUGGAAAUGGCCAGAAGUGGUAUGAUGAAUUCUCUGGCAGCCAGAUUCUGGACCCAGACAAUACUUUCUACCGACCGAUCCUAUUCUUGACCGACAACGCCACAAGAGUCAGCGUGGAAGGUAUUACCCAACUGAACUCGCCGUGCUGGACAAACUUCUUCGUACGCACGAACGACAUCUCUUUUGAUGAUGUGUAUAUCCAUGCUUAUUCGACCAAUGCUUCGGUCGAUGCGGCUAACACCGAUGGAUUUGAUUCCUUGGUCGUAGACGGACUGAGCGUCACGAACACGCGAAUCGACGUGGGCGAUGACUGCUUUUCACCCAAGCCCAACACGAGCAACAUCUUUGUGCAGAAUCUCUGGUGCAACAAUACGCACGGAGUGAGCAUGGGGAGUAUUGGUCAGUACUCGGGGGAGAUGGAUUUCAUCGAGAAUGCCUAUCUGGAGAACAUCACGUUGUUAAACGGACAGAAUGGAGCCCGAUUGAAGGCGUGGGCCGGACCCGACGUGGGCUACGGUCGGAUCAGCAACAUCACCUACCGCAACGUCCAGGUGCAAAACACGGAUCAACCGUUGGUUUUGGACCAAUGCUACUUUGAUGUCAAUGCGACCGAGUGUGCGGCGUACCCAUCGGCAGUGAACAUCACGGACAUUGUGUUCGAUAACAUCUGGGGCACAUCGUCGGGGGCAAAAGGAAAGGUUGUUGUGGACCUGACGUGUUCUCCUAAUGCGGUCUGCUCGAAUAUUCAGCUGUCGCGGAUCAAUUUGACGAGUCCUGCGGGGAGUCCGCCCGAGAUCAUCUGUGAUGGGAUUGAUGGGAGUAUUGGGGUGAACUGCACCAGUACCACUGCUAGCUAA